GGAACUCACUUUUGGGUAGUUUCGUCUUUCCGUGUACACACUUUUCUGUGUUGCAAAUUUUGUGAGUGUUUGUUGUUGUUUAAAAAAAAAUACAAACAAGUGGUCCGUCCCGGUUUUUUGUUCGCGAGUCAAAAAUAAGUUAAAACGGUAAAAACAGGUGAAAACCGUACCCACAAAACAGCACCGAAAUGUCCGACGAGAAGAUUCGACCCACCAAAUGCCCAUUAGCUGCAACCAAACAUCGGAGCUCUUCCAGAGGAGAGCUUCAGCCAGCCCAAAACAAUUGCGUAGCUGCGGCCGAAAUGACUUUCCUACACGGCGGAUUACAACAUUCCGGAAGAUGUGGAAGCAGCUUUGGACCAGGCGGAACGUUCCACAACUGGAAGUUUAUUGUGCUGGACAGAAAAGGCGCUGGCAUCCGUGGUGGCGUUAGGUGUUACGUCGUCGUCCCGGAGCGACGAAGCACUCAUUGUUCGGGAAGGCAAAUGGAGACACCAAGAGCGGAGGUUCUAAAAGAUUGCGGAUAGGGCCGAAUAAGAAGCGAUGUGAGUAUGGCGCCAUCUAUAAAUUACGUAUCACUCUAAGGAAAGGGAAGGAGUACGGCCGAGAGUUAUGGGCCAUACAAAAAUUUAGGGAUUUUCAUACAAAAAGUGUUGCGGAGGAGGGAGGGGGAGGGGUCGAAAUUGUACGAUUUUAGCGUUACGUAAUAAAUGGACGCUGCCGAUGUAAAUAAU